AUGGCAGCCGCUGUUUGUGGAAGUAAACGAUCCUUCUUCGAAGAUAUUCCCGCUUCGCCUCCGGUUUCCAAACGCCUCCGCUGCGGUUCCGCUUCUCCGACUAAGCUCACGCCUCCGCCGGCAACGCUCCUCGAUCAGCUCCGAGCUGUUUUUCCUCAACUGGAUCCUCAGCUUCUAGAGAGAGCUCUGGAAGAAUGUGACAAUGAUUUAGAUUCUGCAAUCAAGAAGGUGAAUGAGUUUUGUCUAGGAACAGAUGAGGAAAAGUUGGACUCUGCAGAAGAAUUAGAUGCCAGUGCUAAUCAAGGUAAUAUUGCCAUGGCUGAAAAUGUUGCUGCUUCUAACUGUCCAUCAGAGCCAAACAAGCUUCCAGUUGAUGGUGCAGAAUGGGUGGACUUGUUUGUUGCAGAAAUGAUGACUGCUACUAAUAUGGAUGAUGCCAAAGCCCGUGCCUCAAGAGUGCUGGAGAUUUUAGAGAAAUCCAUUGUUUCACGUACUGCUGGUGAGGCAGCACAAAGUUUUCAGAAGGAAAAUAUGAUGCUGAAGGAACAAAUUGAAAUAUUGAUCAGAGAAAAUUCUUUACUCAAACGUGCUGUCGCUAUUCAGCACGAACGCCAGAAAGAGUAUGAUGGUAACAACCAAGAGUUGCAACAUUUGAAACAAUUGGUCUCUCAGUAUCAGGAACAGUUGAGAACCCUAGAGGUAAACAACUAUGCCUUGACAAUGCACUUGAGACAGGCUCAGCAGAGCAGUUCAAUCCCUGGACGAUUCCACCCCGAUGUCUUCUAAUAAAGAGUAAGACUGGAGAAAUGGACGUUUAGUCUAAGGCAAUAGCGUCACGAUGAAUGAACUAUAAUGUCAUAUGAUUUUAUAUUAUGUUGCCAAAAGGUUAAUCAAGUUGUUCAUAGAUAUUGUCGUCUUUAUAAUGUCUUGUAGUUCAAAAGUACCUGCUGUGAAUCAACUUACUUUGUAGCUUUCGCACAGAAAAUUUGUCAAUCAAUUUCCAGUUUAUUAAGAAACUUCUAAAGUUGAAAUCAA